AUGAGGCAGCCCGGGAUGUAUUCGGGGAUGUUAUCUGGACUAUCCGGCAAAACCGGGCCUCACUCUCUGCCACUUGCGAGGAUCAAGAAGAUCAUGAAGAAGUCCGGGGACGACGUGAAGAUGAUCUCCGGCGAGGCGCCGAUCGUGUUCUCCAAGGCCUGCGAGCUGUUCAUCGAGGAACUCACCAGGCGGUCCUGGACGACGACUAUGCAAGGCAAGAGGAGGACGCUCCACAAGGACGACGUGGUUUCGGCGGUCGUGGCGACUGACAUCUUUGACUUCCUCGUCAACUUGGUCUCGGAGCCUCCAAACGCUGCCGAUGAGGACGCUCCGGGAGGAACUAGCGAUACCGAGCAUUGAUCUUGGAGUAAGUUUAGCU